AUGUCUGAUGAUCAAAACAAGUAUCCUUAUCAACCCUACAAUUCUUUUCAUCAUGAUCUUAAUAUGGCGUCAGGGUUUUUGGGAUCAAACCUUGUUGGAUUUGAUCCUUCUCAUAUCAGCUUCACUGAUUGCUUGCAUGAAGGAGUGCAUUACAACGCUCUGUCAAAUACUUUUGACAUUUCUUGUUCAUCAUCUCAUGCUGGUAAUUAUCCUGCAAAUGAUACUUGUAAUUCAAACAAAGAUAUCAGUGUUGGAGAGCCAUCCGCAGCAGGAGGGAAUAAUGAAAAUCCAUUGACGCCAAAUUCUGCCGAGUUUUCAUCCUCUUCUGCGGUUGGAGGUGAAGAGGAAUCCUCAAAAAGCAAGGAAGAUCUGCAGAAAAAAGUGUUCGAAGAUGGAGAGGAAAAGUCUAAAAAAGUGAACAAACCAAAACAGAAAGGGGAGAAAAAGAAAAGAGAACCCCGUUUUGCCUUCAUGACAAAGAGCGAAAUCGAUAAUCUUGAAGACGGUUAUAGAUGGAGGAAAUAUGGCCAGAAAGCAGUGAAAAAUAGCCCUUUUCCAAGGAGUUAUUAUAGAUGCACCACUCAGAAGUGCACUGUGAAGAAAAGAAUUGAAAGAUCAUUUCAAGAUCCAUCUGUGGUGAUCACCACCUAUGAAGGCCAGCACAACCACCACAGUCCGGCCAUGCUUCGCGGCCAGGCCACCGCCAUGUUGGCAUCUUCGUUGCAGCCUGCAGUCCCAAGUUUUCCGCAGGACUACAUCCUUUCUCAAAUGCUUCCAACAAGUAACCAAACCCACCCAAAUUCCAUGUAUUAUAAUAACCUUAAUCCUCAGCAUCAACUUCAACUUCCUGAGUAUAACUUUAUGCCUGACAUGUUUCCCUCAUUUGUUCACAAAGAGGAACCAUGA